AUGGUCAAUCUCGAUAUCGUCCCAGCUAUCAGCCUUAUCGCAGCAUCGGUCUCUGAAUUCAACGCCUUCCCCUUAUCCCCAGGAUUCGACAUCAAGAAAGUCGCCGCGCAAGCACUAGCUUUACCUACACACUCAUGGGAGUAUGGAACAGCUUCAGAGGCGCUCUUGGAGCUAUACAAUCCCCACCUCACAGUGUUUGGUGCGACUCCAUUCCCAGUGCCUGCUCUCAAUGUUAGUGCAGUCGUAGGACUCGACUACGCUGCCCAAAAGGUUCGAUUUGGAACGGGAUACAGCGCUCUAUUCAAGGAUGAUGGUGCAGCGGGGGAUCCCGCCAGCUUAGGGGUAAGCGCGGUCAUGUUGGGUAAAGUCAACUCCACAUUCGCGUGGGCAGCCAACCAAACCGUCACUGGUCUCCUGGCCGAUGUUCCUCGAUACUCCAAUGGUGCAAUUUCGCACCGCUUUAGCGUUGCUGAGCUUUGGGCUGACAAUGUAUACAUGGUCCCUCCAUUCCUCGCGUACUAUGCGGCUGACAAAGGCGACAACGCGCUUCUCCAAGAAGCAGUUCGUCAACUUUCGCUCUACCGUCAAGUUCUGCAGCCCAACGCAACGACUGGUCCAAACGGACUCUGGAUGCACAUUAUCGGACCGGAAAGCCAGGAUACAGGAUACUGGGCAACUGGAAACGCUUGGGCAGCUGCUGGGAUAUCCAGAGUUCUCGCCACCGUCAUCAAAGCGCCGGGAGUCACGAACGAAGUCUGGCGUCAGCAGGCUAUUACUCAACUCACCGCAUACAUUAAGGAAAUUAUCGACGCCGCCAUGGUUGCUCCCCUCGAUAAUGGGUUGAUCCGCAAUUAUGUGGGCGAUGUCAGCGGAGGUGGUAAUGGGUUCGGCGAAAUUUCUGGAACCAGUUUGCUUGCAGCUACCGUCUACCGUAUGGCCGUCAUGCAAUCCACCAUCUUCACUCGACGAUAUAUCACCUGGGCUGACAACCUCCGCGCCGCUAUUGCCGGCAGAGAUGUUAACGAAAACCCUCAUAUCACCAGCACUGGCAUUGCGACUCCCGCCGUAAACCCCUUGUGGUGGAAGGACACCAAUCCAUUCACAAAGGGCAGUCCAGAGGGACAAGCGUUUGUUGUCAUGAUGUAUGCUGGAUGGAGGGACUGUAUUAAAGCUGGCAGGUGCACCGUCGACGGUUCGACUGAACCAGAUGCCAUCAUCUCGAAACGUAGUGUUCAAGGACGGGCCUUGCACUCAGGCUCGCUACGCCGCCAACUCGUCCAUCCCGGAAGCAACUAA